AUGCAACGAAAUGAUCUUACUCGACGUCGUGGUACUAUCAAUUUAACAGUACUUAUGGCUGUAUUAAAAUUUAAAGCACUUGGUUUUCGUGCUAAAGCUCGUCGUGCAAAAACUAAAUAUCGAAAACAAAUUGAAACCGAUGAUCGAAGAUGGGGUGGACGACGAUUAAAAUUAAGUGGUCGUGCUGCUGUUCCUAUUCCAGGAGAAAUUUUUGGUUUAUUCGAAUUAGAAAUUCUCGAUUUAUCAACAGAACGUACAUCAGGUCUUGAUUUUCGUAUUGAACGUCUUCCACGUGAAAUUGGUUAUUUAUAUCGUUUACGUAUUCUUAAUCUUGAUGUUAAUGCAUUAACAUCAUUACCAGAUGCAAUAUGUGAAUUAAAAUAUCUUGAAUGUCUUACUGUAUCAUGUAAUAAAUUACAAACAUUACCAUUAUCAUUUAAAAAAUUAAUACGAUUAGAAAGUUUACAUUUAGCAUCAAAUCAUUUUCAAGCAUUUCCACUUGUUAUAUGUCAAAUGGAAUCAUUAAAAUUUCUUGAUUUAAGUUGUAAUCAAAUUGUUAUUUUACCACCAACAUUAUCAAAAUUAAAAUAUUUAAGAACAUUAUUAUUAUAUAAUAAUAAAAUAAAUGAAUGGCCUGAUGCUUUAUGUGAUUUAAUUGAAUUACGUACAUUAUGGUUAGGAAAAAAUGAACUUAAACGUUUACCAAUACAUUUUGGACAAUUAAAACAUUUAGAUUGGUCAAAUUAUCCAUUAUCAUCAAAUAUUAAUGAUAAUCCUUUAAUGAGUCCACCAUUAAAUGUGUGUCAAUUAGGUAUUCAAGCUAUACGAGAUUAUCUUGGAUCAGGAAUACCAAAGAGAAGUUCAUUAUAA